UCAAAAUUAAAUUAAUUUAAUAAUACGAAAAAAUAAAUUCCGUUUUGGAUGAAAAACUAUGUAUUCAUUACGUAUAUACCUUUAUUACGUUUACACAGAUUACGGGAGCGCAAUAACAGCUGCAUUGAAUGAUGUAUAUAACCAAAUUGAAACGAAGUUGGUAUGGUCUAGAAAUGGUAAAGGCAGGAAUUCCAAGCAAGUUUUGAUUAUUAUCAGUGACGGAAGAUUUACAAGUAUGGGUGAUCCUACUGAUGCCGCUUCAAAACUUAAAAAUGACUUUGAUGUGGAAAUAUAUUCAUUUGCAAUCGGGAACAAAACAUAUACAAUAGGCUUUUAUACGAUGAGCGACCUGGCAUCACAAAUUGAAAACGAACAGCAUUUCUUUCAAAUAAGUAAUGAUGAGUCUGUCUUAAAUGAGGAUUUGAGCAGUUUAUCAACACAGAUAAAAAGUGAUCAUUCUGAUGCCGCUUCAAGACUUAAAAAAACAGAUACAAUAGGCUAUUAUACGAUGAGCGACCUGGCAUCACAAAUUGAAAACGAACAGUAUUUCUUUCAAAUAAGUAAUGCUCGUUUAAGCCCUGGUAAAAGCGGCCUCGAUGUCGUAUUACUUGUUGAUGUAUCCUCCAGCAUUGGGGACAGGUCAUUUCAUUUGGCUAAGAAAUUUAUGAAGCUACUCGUAGAUUCUUUUGGUGUUUCCAGAGAAGAGUCCGGAGGAACAGAUGGAACACGAUUUGCUCUUAUCACGUUUAGUGAUCAGGCAGAUGUUGUUUUCAACCUGAAUGAUAGAACCGCACGAUCCAAAACCGAAGUGAAGAAAAGAAUUGACAAUAUACAGAAUUCUGGCGGUGGUACAAAUUUAAUGACCGCUUUACAUACAGUGAUUAGAGAAAUCCAUUUUCCUGUUAUCAUGAAAGAUCGACGGCGAAUGAGCGAUGGAACACGUGUAAUAUUUCUUCUCACGGACGCGGAGGAGACGAGUAAUGUCCGGAAGGACCGUAUCAGGACAGUAGCAAACACCUUAAAAACUGUUGGUAAUUUCGAGAUAUUUUGUAUUGGAAUUGGAAAAACCAUAGACUACAAUACCUUGACUGAAAUAGCCUCAACACCUCGACACGUUUUUUCCUUGUCUAAAAUUAAAGACCUGGAGAAAAUAGGACAAAGUAUAACAGGGAAAAACAUUGAUUACGGACAGUGUGGUGUUUCAGAAAAUAUGGUUAAAUUAUCACGUUCAGAGAGAGCAGAGGAGGGGGCGUGGCCAUGGUUGGGUUGGUUGAGUGUUUUAGAUGACGAAGACAUACCUCAUACAUGUGGGGGUGCCGUAGUUUGUGACCGGUGGUUUCUCACAACUGCUAGCUGUGUGUCUAGGAAAAAAGGUGGUCAAGUGGUUCCGUAUAAGACGUCAAGGAUGAAUGUUUUUCUGAGUGAUUAUGAUAUUUUGAAAGAGGACACAAACGAGAUUUGGCCAAUCGUUCACGAUGUUAUGAUUCAUGACAAAUAUACGGGAGAAGAAAUAGGAAGUCUUGGUAUUUAUGCUAACGACGUAGCCUUGCUGGAUUUUGGGCAGAAAGAAUCCGAACGACCAGUCUUUAAUAAAUAUUUGCGACCAAUUUGUGUCGCAACAGCUAAAGAUUCUCUUAAAGCUGCGAAGACGUACUUCAGAAUAUCGCAGUCAUUCUCGAGUCAUAUCAACACAUUCACCGCCGGGUGGGUAAUGCACCAGAUAUAA